UCCCAGCAACUCAAACAGCACCUCGCCCAGAAUCGACAACUCCAGGAGAAUGGCAGAAAUGAUGGAAGACAUGUUAACAACAAUAACAACGAUAACAGUAGCAGCGACAACAAUAAUAAUAAUGGUGCAUCACGUAGUAGUAGUAAGGAAUCACAAGACGCGAUGGAGGAAUGCCCCACACCGCCAGUGCAACUCCCAUGUCUUGAAUCGCCUGAUCGUCACAAUUUUGCUGAUGGCUGCAUUCGUGUGGCGCCGCUGUACUCUGACGAGGUGGUGCGUGUUAUUUUGUCCCACGUAGAGAGGCAGCAACUCACCUUUCUACUCUCCAAAGCCACUCUGCACUUGGAGCUGUCUAACCCAAUGCCCAUUCCAAAUAACAUCAUUCACGGCUAUAUAUGCGAUGCCUGCUGCCGUAUGGAAUUGUAUGUAGGAUUUCAAGCCCUUGCGCCAAAUAAGCUGCGCAGUGAAGUGCGCCUCUUCACAGGUUGUUGUGGCUUUGAUCUCUGCAUAGCCUGUGUGGUGUAUUUUGUGCAUGAGGCAUUCCGCCGUCUUCAGCUGGCGCUGUUGCCACCGCAGUACAAACCCUUCGCGCUCACCUCAGUGUGCACACUACGCGUUCAGUCGGUCGUGCAUGAGGGGAAAAACGCCCGUCUGCGUGUUGCACUCGCCCCGCGGGGUCUUCAACUCUGUGCAUGGCAGUUACCACAGAGCAACUCCGCGGCUCAUUCAUCGUUUGCGGAGGAAUUUGACGCACUCCCCACGCCCCCCACUGAUUGGCUCUCAUCAUGUACAGUAACGACCCAUACUGAUACGAUGGUGCAUCAAGGGAAGUUGGACGAUGAGUGCUCUAUAUGCCUACAACCGCUUGAUCCUGAAAAACACAACAAUAGCAAUGAUAGGAGCAGCAGUGCUGCUGAGUUUGCUCUUGUGGAGACGGCGUGUCACCACUGGUUUCAUGCUGAGUGUCUCGAGCGCGUGCGGCACCUGUCUGGCUUAGAAGACCGUUGCCCGCUGUGCCGACAGCCGGAAUACAUGGCGCUCGCUGCCAGGACUUGCUUGUAUGAUGUUUUGCUUGAGCUGAAGGAGCCUCCCAAUGUCGUGGAGACGCCCGUCAUGCACAUCGCCGUGGCGGCACUGACAGGUGAUGUGUACAUCAACCCAACAAGUGUUACUGCGUGUGAGGUAAUUCACCUCCCAUAUGGAGGGAUGAUGUCCACAGAGGAAGCGGAACUGCGCAACACUACAGCAUAA